AGAGUGUAAGAUGACACAGGAAGGUUAUGAUUGCAGAUUGUUUGGCUAUCGUGUAGGUGAUGCUGUCCUGUGCCUACUCGACAUGGGUGUAUGGUGGCCAUGUGUGGUGGAUGAGGUGGCUGAUAAGUUCGUGAAAGUGGCCUUUUGGAAUGAACCCUGUGUAAAUCCUUUCAAGGAAACGACGUAGUUAUCUACCCAAGUUUAAUGAAGAUAUAGAGAAGGCAAAACAAACUUUGAGCUUGCGGGCCAGGAGCACGGAAGAUAAAAUUAAUAGUGACCAGGAAGAGGGUGAAGCACACAAGAGCACGGAAGAUAAAAUGGAUAGUGACCAGGAAGAGGGUGAAGCACACAAGAGCACGGAAGAUAAAAUGAAUAGUGACCAGGAAGAGGGUGAAGCACACAAGAGCACGGAAGAUAAAAUGAAUAGUGACCAGGAAGAGGGUGAAGCACACCAGAUGAAAGAGGCAGUGAUAGGUGACAGACCGAAGAAAAGGGUACAUCAGGAUGGGGAUAACAGACAGAACAUAGAAAUGGGCAGUGUAUCUAAGGAGAUAGAAUCCAACAAGCAUUUAGAGGACAUUGACAAUACAUGUAAGAAAUAUAUAAUGGAUUAUGAAAGCUUGGAUGACUCUGAUAAUGACCCCGAUUAUAAUACUGACGCAGAUGACGAUGAGACUUCAGAUACCACAGAUUCAGAAAAAGAAGAUAAAAUUAACAAUAACAGGAAAAUUAUAAAACCUAAGAGAAAAAAUGAAUAUAGAGAGAAAGCCAAACAGCUGGAGCAAAAGCAGAAAAGUUCUAACAAAAUUUGCUUUGAUGUUAUCUCAGGCAGUGAAUCAGAUACAUCAGAAAUAUUUGGAGUACAAGGAAUAAUUGAGAGAAGCUUACACGUGCUGAAUACAGAUAAGUGUAUUGAUCCAGAAGUUACUGAUCAGAAGCAGGAUAAUGGCACAAGUGAAGAGAAAUCUGUCGACCUGAGUGAUUCUGAUGCUGAUGAGCUCAGUGUAAAUGAAGAUGAAAUAGUGAGAGAUAUAAACUGCCCUGGAAUUUUCGUUAAAAAGAUACUAAGAAGUGAAUCAACUAAGCUUGGGAAAAAAAAGAAAUGCAGCCCACAAGAUGCAGAUGAUGAAGAGGAGUUGGGUACACCUAGCAAUGCCAUUAAACUAUCACAUAAUAUCCGAAGACUAGCUUCAGCAAAACUUGCCUUUGCCAUCAAACAGGGUAAUGAACCUAAGAGACGUGAAAGUAAAGAUUUCCUUACACUGAUCAAACUUGAAUGGACAACUAAACUUGCAAGAGUGACACUUGAAACAAGAAAGUUCAAUUCCAAGAAGCCUCUGCCUCUUCCCCAAGAUGUCUUAAAGUUAGCAAAUUUCAACAAAGAAGAGUUGGAAAAAUUAGACCUGAAUGAUGCCUCGUACCCGAAUUAUCGAAAGGUUGUAACACUGACCGAAACGAGACUUAUCCUCUACAACCGAAGAAGGUGUGGAGAACUUCAAGCCAUGCAGUGA